AUGUGGUCCAAGAGUCUCGUCCUCCUGGCGGGCGCUCUGCCCUUGAGCGCAGCCAUCAACAACUGCCCGCUGGAUGGUCCGGUAUUCCCCAAGCCGACCAAGCUCUCCUCAAUGCCCGUCAUCAAGGAGGCCGUCGCAAACUUGACGAAUUACUUUGCCCAGUGGAACAGCAACUACACGGCAACGGCCAACUUUUCGUACUCGGUUCAGAUCUUCUCGGCACACGAGCAGGACCCGCUCUUCACAUACUCGCAUACCUCGCCAAAGCUGGCCAAGAUAAAUCACCCCGGAGUCGCCACUGUCGACGAGAAUACGGUGUUCCGCCUGGGAAGUCUGACCAAAGUCUUUACCGUGUACAACUUUUUGUUGAAUGCUGGCGAUGAGAUAUGGAAUGCGCCCAUCACAAAGUACAUUCCAGAGUUGGCGGCCAUGGUGGCCAAUACGUCUUCGAGCUCGGACGCCGUUUACAAUAUUGCAUGGAACGACGUGACAAUUGGGUCGUUGGCUACUCAAAUGUCUGGAAUUCCCAGAGACUACGCCUUGCUUGGUGAAGUCAGCCAACAGGACUCGACCAAGGACCAUGUUGUGCAGUUGGGUUUCCCUCCUCUGCCGGAAGCAGACCUGCCACCCUGUGGCGACACUCCUCUGUGUGAUCGUGCGCAGUUCUUUGCUGGUAUGGCCAAGUUUGCGCCAUCGGUGGGCACGUUCCAAACCCCAACAUACUCUGAUAUUGGCUUCCAGUUGUUGGGCUAUGCGCUAGAGGAGAUUACGGGCAAAGAUUUCCAGAGUCUGCUCCAAGAUACCGUAUUGACGCCGCUGAACCUGAAUGGUACUUACUACAAGGUCCCCAAGGCAGCGCUGGGAGUCAUCCCGGGUAAUGCCAACUUGACCAAGUGGAACUUCCAGCUUGGCGACGAAGCUCCUGCUGGAAACAUGUACUCGACUGCAGCUGAUUUGUCCAAGCUGGGCCGCGCCAUCCUCAACUACAAGCAGCUAUCUCCUGCCGUGACAAAGAGAUGGUUAAAGCCUUUCUCCUUUUCCUCCGACCCAAGGGCGAGCGUUGGAGCACCGUGGGGUGUACGACGUAUUCCGCUUGGCCCCGAGUACCGCGAGACUACAGGAUACAACAAGGCCGGUGGUAUUGGAAGCUACAUGGCGGCCUUUAUCCUGAUUCCCGACUACGACAUUGGCUUCUCCAUCAUGAUUGCCGGCGACAUCCCGGGCAACACCAACUGGAACAUUGCCGACAUCAUGGGCAACGUCAUGGUCCCGGCCGUCACGGCGGCAGCCAAGAGCCAGGCGGCGACCAAGUUCAACGGCGUGUAUACGGCACCGGCCAACGUCACGAACGGCGGCAAGCUCAACCGACCCCUCAACUCGACCAUCACCAUUGCCACCGACGGCAAGCCGGGCCUGUCCGUCGACCGCUGGAUCAGCAACGGUACCGACUUUCGCAACAAUGUCGUCGCCCUGCAGCUCACCUAUCAGCCGACCAUCCCAUCCAUCCGCUUGUACCCGGGCGGGCUCUACACCGACGAGGCGGACGGCGGCAAGGCCAUCAAAUUCAAGGCCAUCUUUGAGGAUCUUGCCGUCGGUCAGCAGGUUGAUAAGAUGUUUAGCACAGACUGUGGAUCGUGGGUUGGCGUCGAGAGUGUCCUUUACGCCAGCACGAGUGCCGAUGAUUUGAUUUUCCACCAGAAUGCUGCUGGUGCAGUGACGGGCAUUGAAAUCCCAUCGUUGCGGAUAACUUUGCCCAAAGUCUCGUAG